CCGAGGUCUCGCGCCGCCGGCGGCACGCGGGCUCCGGAGCGCCGCGUAUAUUGAUUGACUGCGUUGCAAACGAAGCAUUUUGACGCUUGCGCGCACCAGUGCGCCGGACGGGAGCCUGAGCAGCGACCGAGACCCAAAAAGCAUUUCAGCAGGGCAGCCCUACAAGCUUGCGCACGGCUCAUACGGCCGCUGCCCCGGACCGCACGCGCGCGGCGACGGACGAGCGGAGACCGUAGCACGCCGCACGCCCUCGACGCGGCUGCCCGAGCAGCGGACGUCGCUACCGCGGCACGCGGCAUCGACGCGGCCGCCCAAAGCGCCAACAUGGAGGUCUCCUACAAAGUAAGACUAGAAAAGCAGCUCGAGGCCGGCUUGUGCGCCGUCGGCCGCUUCGAUGGGAACCACCCGGCCGUCGCGUGCGCGGCGGGCGCGUGCGGGCAAGUGCUCCUGUACGACCCGCAUGAUGAACUGCAGGUCACGACCACAUCUGGAGCGCCUCCAUUAAGAACGCUGAACUUCAACAAGACCAUCACGGCGCUGGAUGCCGGGCCUCUAGAUCCGGCGCGGACGCGAGCCCAGGCCAAAACUACUAGAGGUGUCACGCCCGACGAGAACGACGACAAGGUCGUACGCGACGUGCUGCUCGUCGGUCUUGGGAGUGCGUUGAUGGUCUACGACGUCGAUCUCAACUCCGACAUCUUCUACCGGGAGUGCCCGGACGGGGUCUUCUCGUGUAGAUUUUGUACCUUACAAGGUACUGAGCAGCCCUUAGCUGUUGUGGGAGGCAACUGCAGUGUAGUAGGCUUCGGCUGGCAGGGCACGGAGUUGUUUUGGAACGUGGCCGGCGACGACGUGCGAUGUGUCGCUCCAUGCGAGGGCGACCUGUUAGUCGGUAGCGACGAUUAUGAAAUAAGAAUCUUCCGCAAGGAGGAGUCCAUUUACGAAAUCUCGGAAGCGGACAAGGUCGUCGCGUUGUGUUCGCUGGGCAAAAGGGGCCGGUUUGCCUUUGGAUUAGCCAAUGGUACUGUGGGGGUCUACAAGAAUAACGAAAGGCGGUGGCGCGUCAAAUCCAAAAACGCUUUAGUGGCGCUGCUAGCCACGCAGACUAGGGACGUGGCUGCCGGCUGGUCGUCGGGUGCCGUGACGUUACGUUCAGCAUCGAACGGCCAAGUUUUGUACCGGGACACGUUCGACGCUCCCCUUUGCAGUUUGGUCUGUGCGGACCUCAAGCUGAGCGGCUCUGUGCAAUUGAUCGCCGUCGGUGUCGAUCUGUGUGGAAAUCAACCAGUGUGUCGGGUGCAAAGUCAUUUCUCGGCGAUGGCGUGGCUGCGCUGGCUCCGUCGAGCGGUGGGGAACCGACACCGCCACGCCAUCGAGCAGGCGUCGCGUCGAUGGCGUGGAGGACAACGCGAUGAUUCAGCACGAACGCGCCGUAAAUUUGAUUUCCGCACAGGUGUCGACGGGGAAGUCCGCGGGUAUCUACCGGCGGUCGUGGAGCGGGACACGUCGAAAGCCGAGGACGAUCUGAGGCGGAAGCGGGAGAUCGAGCAACUCCAGGCGGAGAAAAGGCGACUUGUUGGUGAACUGAGAGCGCUCGAGGACCAGCCUCAGACACCGUCUGACGAUGCGCAGGGCAUUCCUGGUGAUACGCAGAUUUCUUUGGACGUGGCGGCGCCCGUACAUGGAGGCGGUUUCGAGCUUAUAGUAGCCACGUCCAAUGAGACGUACGUCGUCGGCGCCGUCGUGUUAGAUACUGAUGGUGGCCUGUUCGACGGCGAGACGUUGUCCUGUGCACCUGCCAGACCGACGGACAAGCUCGGGAUCAUUGUACGACCCAAAAAAAACUUCCCGGCCUCCCUCAAGUUACAAAUCCACGUCGCCGCGCGGCCGAUGUCGACCUCGAUACAUGUGUAUGAGGUCGAUUAUAAAUUACCGAAGUUCUGCCGCUUCUACCGCGUCGCUGAAGAAGUCGCACAGCCUUCCAGUUGGGUCAAAUUCGACGUCCCUACGAACGUGCAAAGGGUCGCGCAGUACCUCACGCAAGCAUUUGUAUCCACAGAAGCUGUGGAAACUGAAGAUAAUCAAGUCAAGGCGUACUACGUCGGUUUGGAUGGCUCACCGCUACGGGUCGAAGCUACAAAGGAUACAACUGGAACGCAGGUCCGCGUCUCGACGAACGACCUGGCCACGGCGGCCGAGGUCGUCCAGGACAUCUCGACAGCAUUAGAUGUUCAUGAGCUCGAGAGCGAGGCGUCGUUUCCGGAUGAGUCGAGAAGACUCAAAGAAACUUUAGAGAAAGUAUCGACGCAUAAUAGCAUCCGAGUUCGGUUGACGGCGGAGAUGGCCGACGGAAGUUCACGGGUCAAGGCCUUAGUACUCAAAGCGGAGGACGCGCGACUCAUGGCGGACAUGCCGCGCAUGAUGCGGAACUACGACGAAUUGAUGCGCGUGAACGAGGGGCUCAUCGCCGAGUACAAUAAGCGGGCGACGAACCACGAAGCUUUAUUAGCUGCGUUGAAGCAGGUGAACCAGGUCGUGCAGCGGGCCUCGCAAUUACGAGUUGGUAAAGCCAAAGCGAGGGUCGUCGCGGACGCGAGAAGGGCGAUCAAGAAGGGCGACGCGGCGGCGCUGCUGUCGUUGAUCGCCACGGGGCGGACCGGGGGUUAAAGAUUACGUUGUGGG